AUGAAAUUUUUACACAAUCUGGAUUUAUUCGGAAUUUCUUAUGAAUAGCCUUAUAUGCCAAAUAAGAAGACAUACAAAAGUAGUUUUGGCGGAUUUUUUACCAUAGCUCUAUAUUCGCUAAGUUUACUUUACUUUGUUUAUAAGCUUCACUCUUGGUUAAUAGGUAACAUAAAUCCAAAAAGUACUCAGACCUAUUAGGUAUUAAAUAAUGUUGAUUUAUAAUUAAACUAUCCCUUGAUAUCCAUUUCUUUUGAUUAGAAUACUUAAUAGUUAGAUCCUUUAAAUUCAAAUGAAAUGAUAAUUCAAACUAAUUUUGUUUAAAUAUUUCUAGUUGUUAAUGUUGAAGCCUAAAAUAAUAAUAAAAUUGUUUUGGAUAAUUUCAAUUUUUCUUUGACUAAUAGCCAAACUUCUUUGUAUCCAACUUAAACUUUAAUUGCACUUCAAAUUUGUGAUAAGAAAUCAUCAGCCAAUUGUGCUUCGGAUGAAAAAAUCAAAUAAUUCUUAGAACUUUCAGGAAUAAGCAUGAAAAUUGAUAUGAAUUUCCUCUAUUUCAAUGCUUAAACAAAUUAGUUUGAAAGAAUCACUAAAUCAUUAUCAUAUGCUGUCGAGACUGACGUAACACUAUUAAAUGUAUUCUAACUUCAAAUGCAGAAGAAUAUCAUAAAUAAUGGAUUUUUAUUUGACAAUAUGGUUGAAACUCAAGUUGUUAAUGACGUUUAAAUAAUUACUCAAUCUGUAAAGUAAGCAUACUUCUAGAAUUACUUAAAUGGAUUAAUAGCUGUCUAUGAAUUCAACUUAAAUCAAUUGGCUUAAAUCUAAUCGAUUUAAUACACUAAAAUAUCUGAAAUUCUAGCUGAUGUUGGUUCUAUUAUAUCAACUUUAAUGAUGUUGAAAGGAUUAGCAAUUGCUAUGAACACAUAUUUAUUAGAAGAGCUUUUAAAUCAAUAAAUAAUUAGUUGUUAUUAUCCAUAAUUUAAGGAAUUAAGUAUCAAUAGAAAUCUAUUUGGGUAAAUUAAAUCAGUCCAGCACUUUAACAGCUAAAUCGAUUUAAUUGAGUUCAACAAGUUUUACACAAAGGCAAAAUAAGUAGCGUUAAAAAAAUAAACUGUUAUCAAUUAAAUAUAUGAAAUAUCUAGACUAUAAUUCUUAGUACAAUUAUCCAUAGAUAAAAAUAAGAUAUCGCAAUCACACAAAUUUGGGAUACCUCUACAUUUAGAUUUUAACAAUCGCUCUAAUACUAUCGUUCCUUUUGAUGAUUCUAUCUAAGCAUCAGAUAGAGAUAAGAUUUAUGGAAACGAAGAUUUUAAUAUUUUAACACUUGAAAACAUUUGA